AUGCACGAUCGCGUGUAUCUUGCUGAAGAGAAUGGCGAGCUAAACUGGAAGAAGAACGUUCUACCAGAUGUUGAUUUUGAUUGGAGCACUUAUCUGCAGAAUCAAAAUCCUAGGCUGAAGUUCGACAAAUCAAUACAGAUCGAACCCAUUCCGCUGGAUAACGAGUUCAUUACGCGGUGGGAGCGACUGAGGAAUCAGCGCCACCGAAACGAGUUGGGGUUCUUUGCUCAGACUGAAGAAAGGUUGGAAGGAGUCGUAUCAGCCGGUACGAUUUGA